ACAGUCCGAGAGAGAGCGACCAAGAUCCGGGCCUUCCCCCGGCUCCGUUGGCGACGCCCUAAAUACAAGCUACAACCAUUCGAACGUUAGAAUAGAGAUUAACCGCACAGAAACAUCCAUGAAAGCUCCACUCGGUACCGUUGUGAAUAUUAGGAGAUCGGAUAGAUUUAUAUUGCAUCUCGAAUUGUGAAAAAUGAGUAAAUUGUCGUUUCGGGCACGGGCGCUGGACGCUUCCAAGCCACUACCCGUCUUCCGUUGUGAGGAUUUACCCGACCUACACGAAUAUGCAUCCAUUAACCGGGCAGUGCCGCAGAUGCCUACGGGGAUGGAGAAAGAAGAGGAAUCGGAACACCAUCUCCAGCGGGCCAUCUCGGCACAGCAGGUAUAUGGCGAGAAGCGGGACAACAUGGUCAUCCCAGUCCCCGAGGCGGAGAGCAACAUCACCUACUACGACUCCCUCUACCCUGGGGACUACAAGAUGCCAAAGCAGCUAAUUCACAUACAGCCUUUCAGCUUGGACACAGAGCAGCCCGACUACGACCUGGACUCGGAUGAUGAGGCAUUCGUCAACAAGCUGAAAAAGAAGAUGGAGAUCAGCUUCCUGCAAUUCGAGGAGAUGAUUGACCGGCUGGAGAAAGGCAGUGGGCAGCAGCUGGUGAGUCUUCCUGAGGCCAAACUGCUGCUGAAGGAGGACGAUGAGCUCAUUAAGGAGGUCUUCGACUACUGGAGUCGAAAGAGGAAAAACAGCAAGGCUAACUCGCUCAUCCCCAACGUCAAGCAGGAGAAGCGAGACGGCUCCAGCACCAGUGACCCCUAUGUGGCCUUCCGACGGCGCACAGAGAAGAUGCAAACCAGGAAGAAUCGUAAGAAUGACGAGGCAUCCUAUGAGAAGAUGCUGAAGCUACGCAGGGAUCUCAGCCGAGCUGUCACCAUCCUGGAAAUGAUCAAGAGGAGGGAGAAGAGCAAGAGAGAGCUGCUGCACCUCACACUGGAGAUCUUUGAGAAGAGAAACGUCAUGUCAGACUUUGGUGGUGAGGUGAUGGCAGAGGUUCUGGCUGAACGGGCGCUGGUGAGGCCGCAGAUCAUUCCUCUGGUUCCCCUCACCAACCAGUACCGACACCAGGACCACAUAGACCUCAAGGACUACAAGUCUAAGCCCGAGAAAAUGGAAGUUCCCCGGCAGAAGAGGAAGUACGAGAAGAAGCAGAAGGUGCUGCCUCUGUCGUCGGGCACCCCACACCAUCCGGGUCCUGUUGUUUUCAAUCCCAAGGACCUCAACCAGUACGACUUCCCCAGCUCGGAUGAUGAGCCCUUCUCCCAGCUGCACUCAGGCUCAUCAGAAGCAGAGGAGGAGAACGAUCCAGAUGGGGCCUACGCCUUUCGCAGGAAGGCAGGCUGCCAGUACUAUGCUGCUCGCCAGGACCGUGUGGGUAGCUGGCCGUGGUGUGGUCCCUGGGAGGGCGGUUUGGCAGAAGCUCGAUUUCGCUACAGUCUCACCACGCUCACCGUGCCGCGGCGCUGCCUGGGCAUGGCUCGACGACGCGUGGGACGAGGCGGCAGGGUGCUGCUGGACAGGGCAUACACGGACUAUGACAACGUUUUCCACAGACUGGAUCCAGAAAUGCUCGACCUGCCUCUUUCCCCCUCUCCCCCUCCUCCCACAGCUACUUCACGCUCGCCGGCCAUCGACAAGUUUGCCAGUACCUCAGAAACAAAUACCUCGGACAGAAGUUCCUCCUCCUUCAACUCCUCUCUUCCCUCUUCCUCUCCCUCUUCCACGGACCUCAGUCAGAUACUGUUGAAUAUAAAGUCGUGCCGAUGGAGGCACUUUAGACCACGGACACUACCACUACACGAGCUGGAUAACGCCCAGCCGCUAUUCAGGAGGUUGAGUCGAGGCCUGAAACGCCCAGUCUUGGCCUCCGCAGCCGGGGGACAGCCCUAUGGCUCUCAACGCCCGGGGAGGGUUGUCCCUGCACCCUCACCCAUUGCUGCUCUCACAGCCGAACAGUACCAGCAGCAUCAGGAGCAGCUGGCCCUGAUGCAGAAACAGCAGCUGGAGCAGAUCCAGCUGCAACAGCAAGCCAACAGCACCACCACUGCCAACAGCACAGUGGGCCUGGCGAACACGUUGGACCAGGCCAGCGCUCAGUUCGCCGCCUCGGCCCUCGUCACCGCCGACCAACUGCUGGCUCUUAAAACCAAGGAGGAGCUAGCCCUGGGAGGUGGAGUCAAUGGCGUCCUCUCCCCCUCAGGUGUUUAUAAGGGCUUGCACCUCUCGAGCACAGCAUCCCCAUCCCCCGCCGCCCCGGCUCCUCCCACCACUACCCCGACACCCGCCUUGCUCCACCCCUGCACCACCACCAGCUCCACCUCCGCUACCAGUAACAACAACGGCACCGCCCACCCUGCCAACACCACUACCACUAACACCGCCACCACUCAGGUCCUGCUGGGAAACAACAACAGCCUCCGUGUGGGUGUUCCCGCCGGCAAGCGUGUCCACGCACCCCGGACACUGAGCACCACCAUGUCAACAUCCGCCUUAAAGUUCACGCACACAACCGGCAACUGUCAGAAACCCAAGGUCACUACAGCGUCGGCCUCGCCGCUGGACAUAGUGCCCAGGGAGAAUCACGAACAAGACAAGCCAGCACUGAACAGUCUAUCAGAGAACACAGUGGCCAUGGAGGUUACGUAGCCUCCCGUACGCAGGACGGGGGAAGCGUGACUGCUUUUGUUGUUGGGUUUUUUUUAGGUGCUAUGCAUCAUUUGUUAGUCAUGAAUGCAAGUGGUUGCAGAAUGAGCAUGGCAAGGCUGGGUUUCCAUGGCAACUGUUUUGGGACUUAAUUGCAAUGCUCGUCUCGUACAAUUUUUUUCUCUCCCUCCCAUUUCCCUAUUUGUUACUGUUAAUAAGAGAUCGUCUGUAAAUUCUUAAUAUGGCAAUUAUAUGUACAGUACUGCAUAUUUGUAAUACCCCCCCUCCCCAACCCCCCUGUUCUUGUAUAUAACAUUACUUGAAUACAGAAUUGUUCAUUUGUGAUGUUUUGCACUCGAGAUAUAAAAAAAAAAAAAAUCAAAAUUAAAAAGAGAAAACGACAAACUGCAACUGGUGAGAGUAUGAGGUGUGAAAGUUGUAUCACAGAAAAAUGUAUGUCAUCACAUGCAUGGUGCGGAACCUGCUGUUUGAUCUAUUUAUUGUGCCGUGUUUACAAAGGGGUUUUUUUUUUU